CCGGCGUAGGCUCAGUUGGCAGCAGUACGUACAACGAGUAGCAUCUACCAUGGCCGAUAUCUCGAAGGAGGAGCUACGCAAGGAGAUCACCGCUAUCCUCAAGGAUGCUGAUCUUACUACUAUGUCUGCUAAAAAAGUGAGGCAACAAAUCGAAGAAAAACUCGAUGUUGAUCUCAUAGAAAGGAAAAAGGAAGUCGAUGAUUUAGUCAUGGAAUGUCUUCAAGAAAAACAGGAUGGAGGAAAGAAAAAGAAGAAGGCUGCUAGUGAAGAGUCUGAAGAUGGUGAAGAGGAAGAGGAAGAAGGGUCUGAAGAGGAGGAGGAGGAGGAAGAAAAAAAACCAGCCAAGCGAAAUCCUGCUAAGAAAACUCCUAAUAAACGUAAGAAGGGAUCCUCCGAAGAUGAAGAAAGCGCUAGCGAUGAUGAUGCUAGCGAUGAAGAAUACAGUCCAAAGAAACCUAAAGUUACACCUAAAAAAAGUAAGCCUGGAAAGAAAGGAAAAAAGAAGGGAAGUGACAGUGAUAGUGACGAGGACUGGGGUAAAAACAAAAAAGCUCCAGGAAGCGCAGCAAAGAAGGGAGGAGCUGGUGGCAAAGGCAAAGGUGGUGGUUAUACACGCGCUAUCACACUGUCCCCAGAACUCGCCGCUGUUGUUGGCGCAGAACAAAUGGCUCGACAUGAAGUCGUGAAGAAAGUAUGGAGUAUUAUCAAAGAAAGGAAUCUUUAUGAUCCUAAGAAUAAACAAUUUGCGAUUUGUGAUGAGGAAUUAAUGAAGGUAAUCGGCGUAAAGCGUUUCAGAACUUUCGGUAUGAUGAAAUACCUCAAAAAUCACUUUGUAGAUUAAAUCAUUCUUCAAUCCCGAUCUCCGACAAGUUAUAUACAUAUAUAUAUAUAUAACAUAUUCCAAGGUGCGUCUCGUGCACCUCUUCAUCUUUCUCACACGAUACAUACAUACUAUACAUGAAACACAAAGGUAUUUCUUGCGACUUAAGACUUUAGACCAUGUUUACACCAUUCCGAUAUAUUCUGUCGCCCAUUGUAACCAUUUUGUUCCAUUGAUGACUGCAAUAUCAUAUUGACCCAAUAAGCUUUAUUACAAGUAUGACUCUCAACAAAUGCGUUGGGAAUAAGGCAUUUGAUAAUUCAUUCAAAUAAUAUUUAACAAGUAAUUAUACACAGAUGUUCUUAAUGGUUCUUCUUGACACUGGGACAAUUGUUACUAUGGACGUUCAGAUAAUUCGAAAUGUGAAUGACAUUACAGUGGCCAAUAGUCAAUAAGCUGGUUUUAAGUCAUCUAAUUCAAAAUAAAUGUUAUAUCAUUUGUAUGGUCGUCAUUAAUAACAAUAUCUUACUCCUAAUACAACAUAACGUGACGCAUCAUUAUAGCAAUGGCAUUAGUGAAUGAUAAAUUGAAAAAGUUUAAUUUUGAAAUCUUCCGAGAUUAAAAAAAAUUCAAUUUUAUUACGUGACAUUUCAACUAAUACAUAUACCACAUAGAUGAUAUAGUUUUUUCAAUAUAUUUCAAGUAUUGAAGAAGUUUCUUUUUUCUACAUUCACCUCCAAAAAAAUGGACCACAAAUUUAAACACAAUUUUUUAACAUCUAGCACUAAGCAAAAAAUUGUAAUCAGUCAAAUUAAA